AUGGCUUUGGGGAACAACACGCAGCGCAGUUACUCCAUCAUUCCAUGCUUCAUUUUUGUCGAGCUCGUCAUUAUGGCCGGGACCGUACUGCUCGCCUACUACUUCGAGUGCACGGACACGUUCCAGGUGCACGUCCAGGGCUUCUUUUGCCAGGAUGGAGAUCUGAUGAAACCUUACCCAGGAACAGAGGAUGAAAGCUUCAUUUCCCCGCUGGUCCUCUACUGCGUGCUGUCUGCAACUCCGACAGCAAUUAUUUUUAUUGGAGAGAUAUCCAUGUAUUUCAUCAAGUCCACCAGAGAAAGCCUGAUUGUCCAGGAGAAAACUAUUUUGACAGGAGAAUGCUGUUACCUGAAUCCGUUACUUCGGAGAAUUAUUCGAUUUAUAGGAGUGUUCGCAUUUGGCCUUUUCGCCACUGACAUAUUUGUAAAUGCCGGCCAAGUUGUGACAGGCAACUUGGCGCCCUAUUUCUUGACUGUGUGUAAACCCAACUACACUGGGAGUGACUGCCGGGCUCAUCACCAGUUUGUAAACAAUGGGAAUAUCUGCACCGGAGACCAGGAUGUGAUUGAGAAGGCAAGGAGAUCCUUUCCAUCCAAACAUGCUGCUUUAAGCAUUUAUUCAGCCUUAUAUGCUACGAUGUACAUCACGAGCACAAUCAAGACGAAGAGCAGUCGGCUAGCCAAGCCAGUGUUGUGCCUGGGGACUCUUUGUGCCGCAUUCCUCACCGGGCUCAACCGAGUUUCCGAGUAUCGGAACCAUUGCUCAGAUGUCAUUGCAGGCUUCAUCUUGGGAAGCGCAGUAGCUCUCUUCCUGGUGAGUGAGUGA